AUGUGCUCCCAUUUCCCCGUUGUGCCGCCAGAGCAGGCACUGCUGCAGCUGAAGGCGGCGUGGGGCGUUGAAGGUGCUGCUGCAGCUGAAUGCGGCGUGGGGCAUUUGGCCGAACAACAGCAACGCCACCACGGCGUGCUCUGCAUGGAAUGGCGUCACCUGCAGCCCCAAAGGGCUCGUCGUUUCCCUCAUUGCAAUCCGGACAAGGGGGGGAAUGGGUUGAAGGAUGUGGGGGGUGGGAUGGGGGAGGACUGGAUAUUUGGGGAAGGAAACUGGGGUGGGCGGGAGAUGGGGGAGGAAUGGGAGCUGGUUGCCAGAUCACAACCUGCAUGCCUUCAUUGCAUUGAAGAGAUAACUCCAUUUUAUCCUCCUCUUGCCAUCUCCACUGUUGUUCGCGCUCCCAUCCCAUCCCGCAGUGAUCUGACCAACGUUAAUCUGUUCGGGCCCCUUCCAUCCCUCGCCAGUCUCACUGGCCUCACGCACCUAGCUAUUUUUAUGGAUGGUGACAUCAGUCACACUGGCACUUUGGAGGGACUGGCCUGGCUCUCCUCCCUCACCAACCUGCAAACACUGUCUCUAGAGUACUUGGCAUUUCUCACAGGGGAGUUGUCUUCCCUGCACUUUCUUUCACAACUGAGAAGCCUACAUCAGCUGAAAGUCCGGAGUCUCAGAAACGCCACGGGGGAGUUACCCAGAGAGCUUCAGUACAUGACUGCCCUCACUUCAUUGGAUCUACCCGACCUUCGUUUCGUGGAGUUCCCCAUUUGGGUCACUCGACUUACCAACCUUCAGUAUCUGAACCUGGAGGCAGACUAUCCACACCGGCAGGGGCGAUUGCUGAAUGAUGACCUCUCUCAGCUCACAGCACUCACCUUCCUCUCCCUUAAAGGAAACAACCUGGAAGGAUACCUUCCCAAUAGCUGGACCAAUCUGGCCCAUCUGCAAGUGCUUAACUUGGGAGUCAACAAAUUUGAAGGCACAAUUCCGGCAACAUUCUCGGCCCUAACAGGCCUGACCUUAUU